AUGUCUACCACUACCAAUGACUAUAUCAUUAUUGGUGGUGGCCUUGCCGGCUCAGCCCUCGCAGGCCGUUUAGCCGAGUUACAACCUGAACGCUCAAUUCUUCUGCUUGAAGCUGGUGCUGAUGUAACCGGUCAUCCCCUCACCGGCUCGCCGCUGGCUUGCUUUGCUGCUCACGGCUCCCCUUUGGACUGGGCAUAUACAACUGUGCCCCAAAAACAUCUAGACAGUCGUUCAUGCUAUAAUGCUGCUGGGAAGGCCUUGAGUGGGAGCACGGCUACCAACUAUGGUACUUGGACACGGGGCAAUGCUAUAGAUUAUGAUCUAUGGGCUCAAAUUGUCAAUGACGAUGCAUGGAGCUACAAGGGUCUGUUACCAUAUUUCAAGCGAACGAAAGCACACUGGGAUCAAAAUGCAGACUCCACUGAGCACGGUACUUCUGGUCCUAUCCACCUUGCGACAGUAGAAUCUAGCAGUGAUGAACGGAUAUACCCGCUAGGUGAACCAUUGCGUGCGGCCUGGUCCAGCCUUGGUAUCGAGACAAUCAAAGAUGGCAAUGCGGGCAGUCCCCAGGGUCUUGCUCCCUUGGCAGAGAAUUUCCGUGAUGCCUAUGGAAUCAAAACCAAACCAAAAGUUACAAUCAAGACUGAAACACUCGUCAAGAGAGUGAUCAUCAGCGAAAAGAACGGAAAAAAGACAGUCACAGGUGCCGAGCUUCCCGAUGGAAUUACCUUCAAUGCGUCCCACGAGGUGAUUGUAUCCUCUGGAGCUUAUAGAACACCCCAGAUCCUCAUGCUGUCAGGAAUCGGACCUACCGAGGAACUUUCAAAGCACGGUAUCCCAGUGGAAGUCGACUCUCCCGAAGUCGGCAAGAACUUCCAUGACCACUUUUCUCUGAACCAGUGGUGGAAGCUCCGACACCCAGAGAGAGGACUCUCUAUCGGGACACCACUCUGGAACAGCCCAGCGUACGGAAUGGGACUGCUCUGCAAUUGGCUUGCGACAGUGCCAGCGCCGCGCGAUGAGCUAGCCCGUGCAUUGCAAAUCGAUGGCGUCAGUGAGGCCGAGAUCGAGACUCACCCGUAUCUGAAGCCUGAGACUUGCCAUAUUGAGACACUUAUCGCGUAUGCACCCGCGGGCGCCCAGGUAGCAGGCGUUGAGGUUCCUAUGGACGGCACCUAUAUUGCCUCGGCUGUGUUAGGAAUCUCCCCCACUUCUCGUGGAAGCAUCACCAUCUCAUCAGCAGACCCCACUGCCGCGCCACUGAUCGAUCCCAACUACUAUGCGACCGAGUUUGAUCGUGCGACUCUGCGAGCUGGUAUUCGCCAGGUUACCAAGCUGCUUCGAGAUGCCUCCGAGGGACAGGAGAUGAUUUUGAAGGAGCUGGCGCGCCCGGGCAUGCCUGCCCUGAGCUCCACAUCCAGCGAUGAGGAGCUGGACAAGGUGAUCAAGGCGUGUGGUGCGACCUUCUACCACCCGGCUGGAUCAGCUGCCAUGGGUAAGGUGGUUGAUACUCAGCUUCGUGUGAAUGGUGUCGAGGGGCUCCGCGUUGUGGACGCUAGUGUGUUGCCGUUGUCUAUCGAGGGCCAUUACCAGGCGGUGUUGUAUGCAGUUGCUGAGAAAGCGGCAGAGUUGAUCGCCAUCUCCCUGAGGCCGUGA